AUGGAUUCUGAUCCUUCCGUCGUUGUUAACGAUGCUUCUAUUGAGAUGGAUUCUUCUGAUGCACAACCCACCAAGCGGAGGAAGAAGAAGUCGAUGGUGUGGGAUCACUUCGUCACCAAAACUGCUGGCCCAGGAAACACAAAAGCUUUCUGCAAACACUGCAACCAGUCGUAUGCCUACAUUACUGGUACCAAGGCUUCAGGAACUAGCCACCUCAAGCGUCACAUUGAAUUGGGUAUUUGUCCCAUGUGCCCAAAGACCAAUCAGCUCCCGCAGAUCAAGGAUGAAAUUGAAACCACACCUUGCCCUCCGAAGAAACGCCAGAGAUCUCCUGCUAAGGUCCCUUUAGGUGAAGAUAACUGCAACCGUGAGAUGGCGAAGAUGAUCAUCAUGCAUGAUUACCCUCUACAUAUGGUUGAGCAUCCUGGUUUUGCUGGCUUCGUCAAGGCUCUUCGUCCACAGUUCACGAUGGCAAGCUUCAACACCAUUCAUAGUGAUUGUGUGAACAUGUUCUUGUCCCAAAAGAAAGAACUUUCAGACUUGAUUGGAGAGAUUCCUGGCGCAGUUAACCUCACGGUGGACUUGUGGUCAUCAAGCCAAACAGUGGGUUACGCUUUUGUGACUGGGCACUUUGUUGAUAAAGACUGGAAUCUGACUCACCGCCUUCUAAAUGUUGCUGUUGUUGCUUCUCCUGAUUCGGAUUUUGCGUUGAACCAACCCAUUGCAGCUUGCUUAUCCGAGUGGAAACUGGAGGGGAAGGUUUCGAGCCUCACUGUGAGCCAAUCGUUGGUGAAUAAAACGUGUGUUGAUAAUCUCAGAGGUUUCUUGUCUGUUAGGAACCAGCAUGUGUUGAAUGGUCAGCUGUUGAUGGGGAAAUGCUAUGCUCGCUUUCUAAGCAGCAUGGCGCAAGAUGCACUUGCAGCUGAGCACCUUCAAGCACCCAUCAAGAAAGUCAGAGAUAUCAUCAAGUAUGUAAAGACAAACGACGCUUGUGGAGAGAGAUUUGAUGAAUUGAAGAGAGAGUUUCCAACGCUUUCUUCUUACAGAGAUCUUCUCAUUGACAGCCAAACGAGAUGGGAUACAAGUUACAACAUGUUAUUGGCUGCCUGUGAACACAGACAAGUUUUUUCUGUUUUGGAAACCUGCCAUCCUGAUUACAGAAUAUCAGCUGAAGAAUGGAGAAAGAUUGAGAGUCUCUGCUCUUGCUUGAAGGUUCUUUUCAAAGCGGGUAAUGUCUUGACUAGGCCAAACCACUUGUCAGCAAACGAUAUGUACCAUGAGAUGACAAAUCUCCAGCUAGAGCUUAGUCACGCAGCCAACGACGAAGACCCGGAUGUCAGAAACCUUGCGAACUCGCUGAGGGAGAAAUUCGACCUGUACUGGAGAGGAUGCGUCCUGGUUUUGGCGGUUGCUGUGGUCAUGGAUCCUCGGUCCAAGAUGCAGCUCAUUGAGAAGACCUUCACUAGUUCGUAUGGUGAAGAUGCAGAAAAAUGGAUCAAGACUGUCACUGAUGCCGUCCAUGAUCUGUACCUUAACUACAGUGAAUACAACCUGCUGGAUGCUUUUGUGGAUCAUGGCUUCUGCGAAAUAGAGGUGGCUCAAGAACCUCAGUUCCAUCAAGAUGCUAAUACAGGGAAUGGACAAUCAGGAGAUGAGACAAUUCCACCAGUAGAGCAAACAGAGUCACAUCCAUUAGUAGAAGAGGAACAGAAACUUGGUGAUGCUUCUCAAGCACAUCCAAUAGCAGAAGAAGGCCACACUUCAUCUACGGUAGAGCAGCAAAUCACAGAGUCACAUCAACAUGAGACACAGCCUAAGGUAGAGAAGCAGAAUCUGCAAGGAGCAGGGGAGGGAGUGAGUGAAGAGUGUCAGGUAAGAGAAGAGGAACAGCAACUUGGUGACGAUUCUCAAGCACAUCCAGUAGCAGAGGAAGAACACCCGUUAUAUGUGAGUGACGUGCUUCUUGAGGAAGGGUCUACACUCGUCACAAUUGGAGACACGUUGUCAGACUGUGAGAUGUACUUCCCAGAUAUCAAAACGGAGCUGGGUCAAUACCUGGAUGAUGAAACUGUGACUACGAGGUCGGAAGACUUCGACGUUCUGAGCUGGUGGAGGCUCAACAGCACCAAUUACCCCACACUCUCUAAGAUGGCUGCGGAUCUUCUCUCCAUCCCCUUCACCACCGUCUCAUCUGAUUCAGUAUUCGACACAGAGCUCUCUUCGGAAUCUACGCUCCACGGAGCAAUGGCACCAAGAGUGAACAAAGGGAAAUCGAACAGAGGGAAAGGAGAUAAAAAGAAGACGAGAGAAGAGAAAGUGCUAAUACCGAGUCUUGUUGAAAUCACAGUGACGACUCCGUACGAAACACAAGUGGUACUCAAGGGAGUUUCUACUGACAAAAUCAUCGAUGUGAGAAGGCUUUUAGCAUCUCACGUCCAGACUUGCCAUUUCACCAACUACUCUCUCUCGCAUCAGGUGAAAGUGCAUGAGAAAUUGAGUGAUAAGAUCCAAGUGGUUUCCCUCAAGCCUUGUAUCCUCCGUAUGAUUCCAGAGGACUACCUAGAUGAGAGUCGAGCUUUGACUCAGGUACGGAGGCUCGUCGACAUCGUAGCAUGCACCACCGGAUUCUUCUCCGCUUCCACCAAAUCUUCCGACAAAUCGAUCGCCGCCGGGAAUGGAAAUCCGGCGCCGGAUGGACUGGACAUGGUCGCUAUCCAUCCCAUUCCCAGACUUUCUCACUUCUACGACUUCUUCUCCAUUCCUAACGUCUCUCCUCCGAUUCUUCAUUUGAAGAAAGUCGUCGGUGAAGAAGCUGCACAGAGGAGUGAUGGCGAGUUUUUUGAACUUAAGGUCAAGAUCUGCAAUGGGAAGAUUAUACAUGUGAUUGCAUCUGUGAAAGGGUUCUUCGCCGUUGGAAAGCAACUCUCUCAUUUCCAUUCCAUUGUUGAUUUGCUUCAAAAUGUCAGCAAUGCUUUUUCCAAGGCAUAUGAAUCACUAAUGAAAGCUUUCACUGACCGGAACAAGUUUGGCAACCUUCCGUAUGGAUUACGCACAAACACAUGGCUUGUGCCUCCUUCUGUUUCCGAGUCUUCUUCAACCUUUUAUGCUUUACCAACAGAGGAUGAAAACUGGGGUGGGAAUGGUGGAGGUCAGGGGAGAAAUGGUGAAUAUGAUCUUCGUCCCUGGGCGGCAGAGUUUUCUGUAUUAGCUACGCUUCCUUGCAAGACUGAGGAGGAGAGGGUUAUUCUAGAUAAGAAAGCUUUUCUGCUUCAUAACCAGUUUAUCGAUGUGGCUGUUCGAAAAGCUGUUAGAGCCAUCUGCGACGUGAUUGAUACUAAUCAACACAGUGGAACUAGUGACUUCCCUGCAGGCUCGAUCCUUCUUGAGGAUCGUGUUGGAGAUUUGUGUAUUACUGUAAAACGUGAUAUAGCCAGCCUUGACCUCAAGCCUGAAGCUAUGUUUCAAAAUGAAGCAUUUGCUCUGUCAUCAUCUAAGGAACUUAGUGAGAGGAAUCUGCUAAAAGGGAUAACAGCUGAUGAGAGUGUAAUUGUUCACGAUACUCGGGCUUUAGGCACAGUUAUUGUAAGACACUGUGGAUAUACAGCGGCGGUUAAUGUAAAGGGUGAAAUUAAGAAGGGAUUGACUGAUUUCCGUGAUAUUGUGAUCGAUGACCUACCGGAUGGAGGAGCCAAUGCUCUUAACCUUAACAGCUUAAGGGUUCAGCUUCACAGGUCUCAUAGUGUCGAAAAAUCUGGAGGAAACCAGCCUUCACAGGUUGAUUCGGAUAAUUUAGAGUCUUUUAGAUGUAUUGUACGGGAGUUAGUAAAAAUUAACUUAACUAAGUUAGAAGAGAAAGAGGCAUCUACCGAAAGGCCCAUCAGAUGGGAGCUCGGUUCUUGCUGGGUUCAGCAUCUACAAAAGAAAGAAACAGUAACGGAAAACGUCUCUGGAAAGCCUGAAACGAAUGGUGAAACUGAACUUUCAGUUAAAGGUUUGGGAAAACAAUUUAAAGUUCUAAAGACCAAAAACAAGAAAUCAGAAAAUAUAAGUACCAUCGUGAAGGAAAAAGAAGAAAAGGUCAGUCUAUGCGAGUUAGAUGGGGAGGCUGAUAUAGGGCAGAAAAACAUUGAUCAACACUUUGAGACUGAACUGAAGGAACUGCUUUCUGAUGAAGCUUUCUCUCGCCUAAAAGAAAGUGGAACUGGUCUCCAUUUAAAGUCAAAAGAAGAGCUUACCAAGAUGGUAUAUGGAUACUAUGAUGAAAUUGCUUUGCCAAGGCUGGUAGCAGAUUUUGGGUCCCUGGAGCUUUCUCCAGUCGAUGGUCGCACAAUGACUGACUUCAUGCAUAUAAGAGGACUCCAAAUGCGUUCUCUAGGACAUGUGGCUAAACUUGCUGAGAAUCUUCCUCAUAUACAGUCCCUCUGUAUUCAUGAGAUGAUUACGAGAACUUUCAAGCAUCUUCUUAGGGCGGUUAUUGCAUCUGUCAAUAAUAUGGCAGAGCUACCUGGGGCAAUAGCUGCUUCAUUAAAUUUCAUGCUUGGCCUGCGUGGGUUAGAAGGGAGUGAUACGAUCUCCAGUGAAGAAUACUCUCUAAGAUUAAAGUGGCUACAGAAAUUUCUUUCCAGAAAAUUUGGUUGGAUACAGAAAGAGGAAUUCAAGCAUUUGAGAAAAGUUUCCAUUCUCCGAGGACUUUGCCAGAAGGUUGGGUUAGAACUAGUUCCAAGAGAUUAUGACUUCGAUUCUCCAAAUCCCUUUAAGAGCUCUGACAUUUUCAGCUUGGUACCUGUGUGCAAGCAUGUGCUAUGUGUUUCGUCUGACGGAAGGACACUCUUGGAGUCAUCAAAACUUGCUCUUGACAAAGGAAAACUAGAUGAUGCUGUCAAUUAUGGAACAAAGGCAUUAUCCAAGAUGAUUGCUGUCUGUGGGCCGUACCAUAGACAUACUGCUUGUGCGUACAGCCUUCUCGCUGUUGUACUGUACCAUACUGGAGAUUUUAACCAGGCAACUAUAUAUCAGCAUAAGGCUCUAGAUAUAAACGAGAGAGAACUUGGUCUCGACCAUCCCGACACUAUGAAAAGCUAUGGGGAUCUUUCUGUAUUUUACUAUCGUCUUCAGUACAUUGAACUGGCACUAACAUAUGUGAACCGUGCUUUGUUUCUUCUUCACUUCACCUGUGGGCUAUCUCAUCCGAAUACUGCAGCCACAUAUAUUAAUGUGGCUAUGAUGGAAGAAGGAGUAGGGAAUGUUAAUCUAGCUCUAAGAUACUUGCAUGAAGCUCUAAAUUGCAACAAAAGAUUGCUAGGAGCUGACCAUAUUCAGACAGCGGCAAGCUAUCAUGCCAUAGCUGUGGCUCUUUCUCUCAUGGAAGCAUUUUCCUUGAGUGUGCAACAUGAACAGACUACACUUCAGAUACUUACAACAAAACUUGGACAAGAUGACCUUCGCACACAGGAUGCUAUUGCAUGGCUUGAAUAUUUUGAAGCAAGAGCCACAGAGCAGCAGGAAGCAGCCCGAAAUGGAAUCCCAAAGCCUGACCCUUCCAUCGCGUGCAAAGGCCACCUUAGUGUAUCAGAUCUCGUGGACUAUAUAAGUUCUGAUCCAGACACUAAAGGAAGUCGUAUCCACAGGAAACAGCGGCGUGCCAAGGUAAUCCAGGUCAAUGAUAGUGUUGCAUCAGCUGAUGAUGCCACCACUAGCUUUGCUUCACAGCAUGCUACAUUGGACGACUUGGCUGAAGAAAAUGUCACUAAGAGCAGGGCCGAAGUAAAUGAUCCGAAUGCAGUUGUUGAUGAGGUAAAAAUGGAGACAAGUGAUAUCGUAGCACACAGUCUAAAUGCUGUGGAAGAGUCAACUUUAGAUGGGGGCUGGCAAGAGGCUGGAAGGAAAUCCAGACAAAGGCAGCCUGAUAUUAUGAAAAAGAGAGUGUCGUCGCGUAAUAGAAAUCUCAACGAGAGACGGGAUGUUCAGCAACAGCAAAUAUCUUCUCCUUUGCAGAAAACAACUCUGAGACCCUUCCUCUCUAAGUCAUCAUCCCUUAAGGCUCCGAGGAAUGCAGAGAUAGAUGCCAGUACAAAAACAACUAAGCCACUGUCAAAGGCUUCUGGUGCUACAUUGGCUUCAAAGUCUCUCUCAUACAAAGAGGUUGCUUUGGCACCACCAGGUACAGUUCCGAAGCCAAUGUUAGAAAAAUUAGAGCUGAAUUUGGAAAGAACUGAAACCCAGAUCUACAGGACUUCAAGUGCAUCAACUGGAGCAGAAAGCAAGUCCGACACUGUAAUGUCGGAUUUGGCAAUGGAAGGCACCGAGCUUCCUUGUGAAAAACAAGAAAGUGUUGAGUCAAUAGAAAAUCUUACGUCAGAGUCUGAAGGGGACCUGGGGUCUAGCCGUGGGCAAAAGGCUUCUGAUAUAAGCAGGAGAAAGUUGUCGGCCGCCGCAGAGCCUUACAAUCCUGGAGGUUUCUUGGUUACUGAUCUGCAAAGCUCAGCGGUAACGACAGGUAUGGUUGCAGAGCCUAUCUCUGGUGCUGUGUUUACAUGGGGGAUUCCCUCACCAACCUAUUACAGUGAUUAUCACUCAAAUGGAAUUAGGAUGCCAAGAACCAUGAAUCCAGAUGCACCAGAGUUUGUUCCGAGGAUAUCCGUAGAGAAUAGCUCUCAGCAUGUUGACUCCACUGGUUGUUUAAAGGCUGAGAAAAAGGCAGCUGCUUUGAAAAAGCAAGAGCUGGCGAGGCAGAUUCUUCUCAGCCUCAUAGUAAAGUCAGCGGAGAAGGACGUUGCAGCUGCUCCAAGGAUGGAAAUGAAGCCUAGCAAUGAGUUCGAAGAUACCUCUGCAAAGGAUAGUGCAGUAACAGAGAUAGAUUACAGAAGAGAAGAGAGUGGAGCGAAGGAAAAUGAGCCGAAUGGAGGUGAAGGGUUUGUGAUGGUGGCGAAGAAAAAGAGGAGGAAAAACAAGCAGCGACUUACAAACAAUGCGGCUGGGCUGUACCAUCAACCGUCGACGGUAUGUGCAUGA